GCGUUUCUGUGUUUGAGCCCUCCGCGCUGCCGUACCUGCUGGUUGUUCAGUUUAUUCGUCUCGUGUGAGCGCGGCAGCAUGUCUGAGGACCGGCGAGACCUCGUCUACCUGAUCACCGGGGGCUGCGGGUUCCUGGGCAAACACCUGCUGAGGCUUUUGCUGGAGAAGGAGGACCGGAUCACGGAGAUCCGUGUGUUUGACAAGCGGAGCGACGCCACUUUGAACGGAGCCGGUACCGAGAAGACGAAGGUGUCUGUCAUCCUGGGCGAUAUCACAGACUACAGCUGCGUGCUGGACGCCACCAGGGGCGUGGACGUGGUCAUCCACACCGCCAGCUUGGUGGAUGUGUGGUAUAAAGUCCCGGAAAGCGUCAUCUACUCUGUCAACGUGACAGGAACGGAGAACGUGGUCAAGGCGUGUGUGGCGUGUGGCACUCAGUACCUGCUCUACACCAGCAGCAUGGAGGUGAUCGGGCCAAAUGCAAAUGGAGACCAUUUCAAAAGAGGCAAUGAAGACACACCCUACCCCGUGAAGCACACCAUGGCAUACCCAAAGAGCAAAGCAAAGGCAGAGAAAAUAGUUCUGGAAGCAAAUGGCAUAAAGGUGAAGGGUGAGAAGAGUCUGUACACGUGCUCUCUGAGGCCGACGGGGAUCUACGGCGAGGGUGACGAGCUGAUUCGGGACUUCCACGCCCAUGCUGUUCAAAGAGGAGGCCUGGUGAUCGGAGGCAUUCCCAAUCACAUCGAGCACGGGCGGGUCUAUGCAGGAAAUGUGGCGUGGAUGCACGUCCUCGCAGCUCGAGCGCUGAUGGAGCGCCCCCAUAAGGUGGGCGGGGAGGCGUUCUUCUGCUACGACGACUCUCCGUACAAGAGCUACGAGGAUUUCAACAUGAUGCUGCUCUCCGCCUUCAGCUUCAAGAAGAGCCGCUUGCCGGCGGUCGUGCUGUGGUUCCUGGCCAUGUUCAACGAUUUCCUCCGCUGGGUUCUGAGUCCGUUGUACAACUUCACCCCUUUACUGAACAGCUACACCCUGGCCGUGGCCAGCACCACCUUCACGGUUCAAACGGACAAGGCGGAGAGGUUUUUCCAGUACAAGCCCCUCUACGACUGGGAUCAGUGUCUGGCUCGGACGCAGAAAUGGCUCAGCACUUUUCCUUCCAAGAGCGUCAAACAUUCCUAGCGGAUGCCAGACGUUUGUGUCAAUGUGCAAUCAAACACUCAGAUUAUGGAUGAUGUCAUUGAAACCAAAUCGUAAAUGCUGCUAAUAACAAUAUAGUAUUGGCAAACGUUUAUACCUUAUCUUUGUAUUAACAAUUGUACAUAAACUAAAGUGUCAGUACUUUAAUUUCACAUCAGCACGCUUAAGCUAUGUAUAUAAUUGAUGACAAUUGUAAACAUUUUACUUGCAUUUAUUAUGGUAAUUAGUUGUAUUUAUGUUGAAUUCUGUGCAGAAAGUGCCAACUCCCAAGGGAAAAGAAAAAAGCAAUAAGAUUGAACUUUAGUAAUAAAGAUUGUUAUAUUUCAGUUCUUUCUUGA